AUGAGAAAGAUCGCGCAGGCGACUUAUGUUUCCCAAGUCACAACAGGAGUACCAGUGAUUGUGGAUACACCCAUUAUUGGCUUCCAAAAGAAGGACUUGAUCGGGCUUGACCUGCCACAUAAUGACGCCCUAGUCAUCUGCAUCCAAAUUAAACAAGUUGUGAUUGAGCGAGUUCAUGUGGAUGAGGGAUGCGCAGCCAACAUCCUGCAAUUAUCUGUUAUCCAACAGAUGGGAUUGGAGCCCAAGAUUAGCAAACUUGCCAGAUCCCUCAUUGGCUUCAAUGAGGCCACAUCAGUCACGGUUGAAACGAUCGACCUUGACGUCCAGUCACCCCCAGUGGUCUACUCGCAAACCUUGAUGGGCCGACCGUGGAUCAGCAAGAUCGUGGCCAUCAUAUCUGCUCAACAGCAGAAGAUUCGCUACCCUAUCCUUGGGGGCGGAAUCGGGCAGAUCAAUAGUGACCAAUCCAUGGCAAGAAGAUGCACAGCUCAAGGACUCAAGAAGAGCAAGCAGUUGCAGUUUACACCAGUAAUGCAAGCUGCCAACAAGGCAGGAAGCGCUCCCAACAGACAACUAGACAAACAAGAGCAGAUCGGCUCGCGCCAGAAUCCAAACAAGAAGGAUCGAGAUGAGGGAAUCCACCCGGAAGGCUCCCUUGAAGAAGGUUGGAAGCCUGAGGAAGAUGUUGAGUUAGUACCCCUCAAUCCUGACCAGCCAGAUAAGAAAGCACAUAUUGGCUCGCGCUUAAGCCCAGACGAGAAGGUGGAGGUUGACCACCUUCCUCAAGAACAACAAAGACAUAAGAGACGCAACUUUGCUCCCGAGCGAGUCGUGAUCAUUGAAGUUAAGAUCGACAAGCUUCUAGCAGCCAGAUUCAUUGAAGAGGUCUCUUACUCGGAAUGGCUGGCCAACGUUGUUCUGGUGGCAAAACAAGAAAAUGGCAAAUGGAGAGUGUGCGUCGAUUACACUGACGUCAACGAAGCAUGCCCUAAAGACAACUUCCCGUUGCCGAGAAUCGACCAGCUCAUGGAUUCAACUUCCGGCAACCAGCUGCUCAACUUCAUGGAUGUCUAUUUCAACUAUAAUCAAAUUAUGAUGUAUGACGAUGACAAGGCGAAGACCUCCUUCAUCAUCGAGAGAGGGUUCUACUGCUACAAAGUCAUGCCCUUUGGGCUGAAGAAUGCCGGAGCAACCUACCAAAGGCUCGUGAAUAAGAUUUUCAAGGAGCAGAUCGGUAGAACCAUGGAAGUCUACGUGGAUGAUAUGCUGGUCAAAGCCCCCAAGCAUGGAGGCCACCUCAAAAACCUCACUAAGCUAGUUCCUGGUGAAGACUUGUUCGUGUACCUGGCAAUGUCCAACUCGGCCGUCAGCUUAGCUCUCAUCCGAGAAGAACUUAGGACCCAACAUCCGAUAUUCUACACGUCAAAAGCUCUCCUCGAUGCAGACACUCACUACCCAAAAUUGGAGAAGCUCAUUUUGGCCCUUGUUGUUUCUGCGAGAAAGCUGCGACCUUAUUACCAAGCUCACUGA